AAUUGUACCAGAAAAUAAUAAGCAAAAUGUAUAUUAUUGUAUAAUAACUAUAGUAGCAAAUAAAUGCUAAUUGAAUAGAACAUUUUAAUUUAAAUUUUACAAUAUUAUUAAUAAUAAUAUAAUUAAUUUAAUAAUGUAGUGUUUCUGUAGCCACGUGACCCUGACGUUGCAACAUAUACGAUCAAUGCGCCCUAUUACUAACAAUGCAAUCGAAAUAUAAUAUAACUUUCGAUGCAUAAUCAAACUAUCGAUAAUGUCGGAGUUUUUACUAUCUCAUUUUUUAAAUUUAAUGUCGGAGUAAAAUCCGUCAUAAUUUUGGUAACCUAUGAAUCAGAUGGUCGGAGUACCAGAUGUUCGUAACAAUUACUACUUUGUCAAAUGUCGAAGUAUGUAAAUGUCGGAGCAUCAUCAGUUCGUGGCAAAGGUGCUCUCCCGGUUGAAUGUUAUACAGAAUAUCAAUAGAUAUUGAUCUAGUUUUCUUACUAUCUGUUAUCACAUUUUAAUUCGCCUAUAAUUUAUUGUAAAUAAAUAUGAUAAUAUAAUAUGACUUACAGACGUGUGUAUUCUUUUUUUUUAUUAUGAAUGUUCAUAAUAAAAUGAAUGACGAUCAGAUGAAAAACCAAACGAUCUAGUGUGAUUAAUAGGAAUAAUAGUUAACAGUGAUCUUGUGUUGAUUAUUAAUAGAUUUAAUAAUCGAUUGAAUACCUUAUUGAAUUUUACUUUAUCAUGUCCAAAACUCAAUAUAAUAUUAAUAACAAUAUAAAUAUUUGCGUUUUAGUAUCAGAAUUAGAUUCACAGCAAAAAAUCGUAUUACUUGAUAAGGAACCAAUAAUAUUAGGUAGAACCCCACAAACUGGAAUAAUUGAUCGAAGAUUGUCUAAAAAUCAAGUAAAAUUUGAGGCUGACUAUUCAACUCGACAUGUAAUUGUUGAACAAAUAGGUAAUAAUAAAUCUGCUGUUAAUGGGGAAUCUAUGAUGAAAGGAGAAAAAAGACUUAUAAAUCAUGGCGAUAAAGUAUCACUAUUACAUGGCAGUGAUUACUCUUACUAUUUAAAAUUUAUCCUACCUCCUGAUUAUGGUGUUAGCAAUCCUAAGAAAAGAGUAACUGAAUAUUAUAAUAAUGAAACUUUCAAAAAGAAAAAAUCAACUGAAUCGCAGAAAUGGGAUACCAGAAAUGGCGCAUUAUUAAUUUACACUAGUGAAGAAUUGAUUCAAAAAUCAAAAAUUGCAGCAUUUGAUAUGGAUGGAACAAUUAUUGCUACACAAUCUGGUAAAGUUUAUCCUGUUGAUUUCAAAGAUUGGAAAAUUAAUUUUCCAGAAGUUACUAAAACUAUUAGAAAAUUAGCUGAAGAUGGUUUUAAAAUUGUAAUAUUUACUAAUCAAGGAGGAAUAGGCAAAUUAAAAGUUGAUGAAAAAACCUUUAAAACUAAAAUUGAAAAUAUUACAAAUGUAUUAAAGACACCAGUACAAGUAUUUGUGUCAACACACAGUGAUAUAUAUAGAAAACCAGCUCCAGGAAUGUGGAAUAUUUUUGUUUCUGAAUUUAAUGGAGAUAUUUCAAUAGACAUGGUAAAUAGUUUUUACUGUGGUGAUGCUGCAGGCCGUCCAAAUCGAAUAAUUAAUAAAAAAAAUAUUAAAAAAGAUCAUUCUUGUUGUGAUCGUUUAUUUGCCAUGAAUAUUGGUCUAAAAUUUUAUACACCAGAGGAAUAUUUUUGGAAAAAGCCAACAGAAGACUUCAACAUGCCCAUAUUUAACCCAACUAGUAUAAUGGCUAGUGUAAAAUAUGAUGAUAAUCAAUAUAAUAUGUCUAGUAAUUCAAAAGAAAUUAUUUUAAUGGUGGGUUGUCCAGGAUCUGGUAAAAGUUAUUUUGUUUCAAACAUAUUGGCUACUCAUGAAUCUAUAAAAGUGAUUAAUAGAGAUACGUUAGGAAGUUGGCAAAAAUGUGUUUUGGAAGCAAAACAAAUUUUAGAGUGUAAAAAUAAAAGUGUUGUUAUUGAUAAUACAAAUCCAGAUAAAGAAACAAGAAAACGUUUUAUUGAUAUUGCCAAUAAUUUAAAUAUUCCUUGUCGAGUUUUUGAGAUGAGUACCACCAAAGAACAUGCAAAACAUAACAACAAGUUCAGAGAGUUAACUGAUGAAAAACAUCAAAAAAUAUCAGAUGUCAUCAUUAAUAUGUAUUUUUCCAAGUAUGAAUCACCAUCCAAAGAAGAGGGUAUCAGUGAAAUAGUCAAAAUAAAUUUUGUUCCUACUUUUAAAGAUCCUGAAUUAGAAAAAUUAUAUAAAAUGUAUUUGCUGUGAUAUCAAUAUAUCAACGAUUUAUUUAUUGUA